AAUGUAUGCCAUGUUAAGACUAUUUUAUAUGUAAUAUUUAUUUUUUCAUAUCUUCAGGCUUUAGAUUACGAUACAAUUGAAAAUGAACUUCACGGCGAGGAAGAAAGAAAAAUGUCAUCAUCUGAUUGGAAGUGGAUUCAAUUUCAGCGUUGGAUAAUUUGUAUGCUGAUUGGAAUCAUGACUGGAAUUGUUGCCGUCGUAAUCAACAUUUGCAUUCUUGAACUAACAGCUGUCAAAAUGCAUGUUGUAGAACAAGCCAUUAUACAUUGCGUAAAGAACAGAUGUUUGUAUGUCCCAUUACUAUUAUGGAUCGCCAUUAAUGUGGUUUUGGUCACUGUGGCAUCUCUACUGACUGUAUUCGUAGCUCCUGUAGCAGCUGGGAGCGGAAUUCCUCAAAUUAAAUGUUUCUUAAACGGAGUAAAAGUUCCAAAUGUGGUUCGAUUUAAAACUUUAGUGACGAAGGUGAUUGGCGUGAUUGCUUCAGUUUCGGGAGGACUCGCAGUUGGAAAAGAAGGGCCCAUGAUUCACUCCGGUUCGGUUCUUGCAGCUGGCAUCUCACAAGGUCGAUCUAUUUCUUUUAAUUUGAACACAAGAUUUUUUAAACAUUUUAGAAAUGACAGGGAGAAGCGAGAUUUUGUGUGUGCAGGUGCAGCUGCUGGUGUCUCUGCUGCAUUCGGGGCCCCAGUUGGUGGAGUCCUUUUCAGUUUAGAGGAAGCUGCAAGCUUUUGGAAUCAAGCACUCACCUGGAGAAUUUUUUUAUGUUCAAUUUUAUCAAGUUAUACUCUCAACUUCUUCAUGAGCAUCUAUCAUCAUCAUCCUGGGGAUCUAGCUUACCCUGGUCUUAUUAACUUUGGGAAAUUCAGUGGUUCAUAUGAAGGGUUUGAGCUUCCAAUAUUCUUGCUAAUGGCUGUCUUUGGUGGUUUAUCAGGAGCAGCUUUCAAUGCAAUUAACCACAAGAUCACUGUGUUCCGUUUAAAGUAUUUAAAAGCGAAAUAUUUCAAAGUCUUAGAAGUCGUAUUUGUGGCAGCUGUGAGCGCAACUAUUGCUUUUGUUCUUAUUUACUGGAACCCCGAAUGUAAACCACUUGGACAAGACCCUUAUGUUCGAUUGCAGUUUUUCUGCAACGAUGGAGAAUACAACACAAUGGCUGUGCUGUUUUUUACUCCACCAGAAGAAAGUGUCAAAAGUCUUUUUCAUGAUCCACUUGGAGCCCUUCAACCUCUUACUAUCGUGAUCUUUGUUCUUCCAUAUUUCUUCCUUGCAUGUUGGACGUAUGGUUUGCAGGUUCCAAGCGGCCUUUUCAUUCCCUCUCUUCUGAUUGGUGCAGCCUGGGGGAGGUUGGUUGGUAAUUGUGUCAACUUUAUAUGGCCAGAUGACAUAUGGGCACAAGACCUUUCAAAAUAUGCUUUGAUUGGGGCAGCGGCCCAGCUAGGAGGUACAGUUCGAAUGACGAUCAGUUUAACCGUCAUACUCAUAGAAGCAACUGGCAAUAUAACAUACAGUUUACCACUAAUGGCUGUGCUGUUACUUGCUAAGUGGGUGGGAGAUUACUUUAACCAUGGAAUUUACGACAUGCAUAUUCACCUUAAUAAAGUUCCUAUCUUGCCAUGGGAGCCACCAGCUUUAUCAACUAAUAUACAAGCAAGAGAAGUGAUGGGAACACCUGUGGUCACUUUACGUACUGUUCCCCUUGUGUCGGAUAUCUGUAGUGUGUUGUCUGAUCCAAGGAAUUGUCACAGUGGUUACCCGAUCACAGAUAGCGAGGGCAAGUUUCGUGGCGUCAUACUUCGAACACAACUGCUCAUAUUACUUAAACAUAAAGAAUUUGUGGAACGAGGAGGAUCAAGCGAACGUAUUAAAUUAAGUGUAUUCCGUGAUUCCUAUCCUCGAUAUUUUCCUUUAUCAGUAAUCAACGUGAGUGAGGGCGAACAACAAUGUCAUGUUGAUCUUCGACCAUUCCUCAACCCAUCCCCAUACACAAUACAAGAGAAUGCUUCGCUUCCCCGGAUAUUCCGUUUGUUUCGUGCACUUGGAUUGCGACAUUUAGUUGUACUUAACGACGAAUACAAGGUCGUUGGAAUGAUUUCACGAAAAGACAUUUGGAAAUGGGAACAUAAAGAAAAACAACAUGAUGAUUAAAAUAGUUUGAAACAUUGCUUGUGUUUGGUGGAGGUAGUUAGAAGUAUUCUGUUAGUGGCUUCAAACACUUUGCCCUGCCAUCAAAAUAAGUUUUAACUAACUUUUUGUGUAAAAUUUGUUCAUAUAAUCGGGAAAUAACGGUAUUUUUAUCAUCAUUUUUAUCAUCAGGUACAUUAUAAAUGUAACAACGGACAUAUGUACGUAUAGUAGGGUGAGGUAAGAUGGGACACCUUUUUAUGCUGUUUUAUCGUCCCAUUUGGUAGUACACAAAGAACAUUUAAAGAAUUAUAAAACAGUAUCCUCACGACUACCAUGGACCGUUGUUAAUUGUUUAAAAUUGUAAAGGUGUCCCAUCUUCCACCACCCUACUAUACAUUUGUGGUUACUGUACAUGGAUUUUCAAACAUUCGUUAUAACAUUACGGUCGUGCACUGUUUGUUUAAAGUUUUACAGAAAUAGUUAUCGUUGUGAAUUUUACUCGUUUUUAAACGUGUGGGCCAAUAAAUUUUAUGCGGCACAAGAAA